AUGAAAUCCUUCAAAUAUCCUUCAAAUACUCUCCUAGAUUUAACCGUCAUUUUUCUUUUCAUUGAAAACUCCAGGAUGGAGACCGAAGCAGCAUCCAUGAUGGCUGGCAGGGCAGUGACAGAAAGUUGCCCUCUGGGUCAGUUCCCAUGUGGAAACAUGAGUGUGUGUUUGCCCCAAGUCCUUCAGUGCAAUGGCCACAGGGACUGCAAGAACGGAGCAGAUGAGGAGCACUGCGGGGACAACAGCGGAUGGGCGGAUAUCUUUGACCGCACUAUUAAAAAGGCAGAGCCACAGGACCUUCCUAAUGACUGCUUUGUGCAGCAGUACCCGGAAAGCUGUGAUUGCAUUAAGACCGAGGUGGAAUGUGUUGACGUGAACCUGCAUGUCGUACCUGUCCUCUCCUCCAAUGUGACUUGGUUGUCUCUGAAGAACAAUAGGAUCAGGAAUUUGGAUGAUUACAUCUUCUCCAAAUACACACAACUGCAGAGGCUGUUUCUUCAGAACAACAAAAUUCAGAUGGUCUCAAGCCGUGCCUUCAGUGGGUUAUACACUCUAGAAAAACUGUUUCUCAGCCAAAACCACAUAACCUAUUUAGGACCAGGUGUAUUCAGAGAUCUACACAAAUUAGACUGGCUAGUAUUGGAUCACAAUCCACUUAAAAGUGCUACCUGUGAUACUUUCAUCGGUCUGAGGUCGCUGACAUUUCUGGACUUUGCUGAGAACCAUGUCGAGUUGCUGAAUUAUUCCACUCUGAAGACCUGCACCGAGCUCACAGUGCUGAACAUAUCCCAUAAUCCUUCACUCCAUAUUCAUGCCAGCUACUUCGAUCACCUAGUCCAACUUCAGUCUCUAAGUUUGGAGGGCAUUGAAAUUCCUGAUAUAACCACCAAGAUGUUUCUUCCCAUGGGGAACUUGUCCCACAUUGUGUUCCUUGCUGACUGUCUGAUGGGAGUCUAUCUCUUCUUCCUGGGGAUAUUUGAUGUGAAAUUUCGGGGCGAAUAUAACCGGAAUGCUCUUAUCUGGAUGGAUAGCGUGGAAUGCCGAACGAUUGGCUUUCUUGCCAUGCUCUCCUCUGAAGUAUCUGUUCUCCUCCUCACCUACCUGACACUAGAGAAGUUCCUAGUCAUCGUUUUCCCGUUUAGCCAUCUGCGGCCUGGGAAGCUGCAGACAGUGUUGGUUCUGGCCUUCAUCUGGAUUCUGGGAUUUGUCAUAGCAGCUGUUCCCUUGCUAAAUGAAGACCUGUUUGGGAACUAUUAUGGGCGAAAUGGAGUUUGUUUUCCUCUGCACUCUGAUAGGCUGGAGAAACCAAUAGCCAAAGGAUACUCCACAGGGAUAUUUCUAGGUCUUAAUCUGGUGGCGUUUUUGGUGAUUGUCAUUUCCUACUCCAGCAUGUUCUGUUCCAUCUGUAAAACCGGCAUCAAUGCCACAGAUGUGCGCAGUCGGCUACACAAAGAUGUGGCCGUGGCCAACCGCUUUUUCUUUAUUGUGUUCUCUGAUGCCCUCUGCUGGAUACCCAUAUUUUUGGUCAAAACACUCUCUCUGCUUAAUGUUGAUAUUCCAGGGACAAUAAACUCCUGGGUGGUGAUUUUCAUUCUUCCAAUCAACAGUGCUCUUAACCCCAUCCUCUACACCCUGACCACCAGCUUCUUCAGAGAGCAGGUGGAGCUUCUCCUUUGCCGCUGGCAGCGGCGCUCGGUGCCAAAGAAAGACCGUAAGAGUCUCACCAGCUCCACCAUCUACAUGGAGACCUCUCGCAAUGCUGAAUACCCAGCAAAAAUUCCCUUGCCACGACUGUCUUUGGCAGACAUGGAUAACCAAUAUGGGUGAAAGAGUCAGUGAGUAAAUGGUAUCAUACUCAUUAUCUAUGUUCAGACAGGAGAAUGACAGUCUUUGCUGGAACAAUUUAGGUAAAAGGAUGGAACUGUGAUUCUUGCCGUUUGGGUUGCAGUAUAGAGUGCUCUUUUUAGACACAUGACUCUAGCUUCACUUUUUUUUCCAUUAGGAGAAGCAUUUAUGAUCACUUUAGCUAGACGAGAGCCUCGGACCCCUCCAGCGUCCAUUUCCUCCCUAAACGCCAUGUCUGGCUCACAGCCCCUGAGCUGAGCUUGUUGUUUGUCUCAAAAUAAUUUUAAAGAAGAAAAUCAAUGACUACAAAACGCAAUGCACAAGACUGUCAGUAUUUACUGCAGAAUACAUCUUAGAGGGAUCCAAGGAACUUUAAAUCAUUAUUUACAUGAAGGGCAUGUUUUAAUGGAAAUGUUUUGAUAUGUGGUUUUGAGGUUGAAUUUGAGAAGUUAUUUGUAAUAUACAGCAAAUGUUUUUUUAAUGCUUGCUCUGCCAUUUCACAGAAAAGACACAUUAAAGGGAAUGCCUCUAAAUCAUUCCUGACUGAACAGAAGCAUGCGAUCAAGAUAAAGUGGUGCAUAUCAUUCAGUUAUAUAAGAUAAUACAUUGUUGUUGUUGUUUUUUUUUACAAUGAUGCAAAAGCAUUUCAUAUUUAUACUCAUGUAGACUAUUUAUAAGUUGGAUUUUUUUCUACCCACCUCAAGAUAUGUGAACAAAUAUUCAAAGUCAGAUGUAAAUAUGUUAAUAGUUUGAAUGCUCAUGGAAUUUAACAAGCAAUGUAUAAUCGACAAUCUGAAGAAGUCCAUCUACCAGUGACUCUAGCAAGUCAAGGAUAUCCUUGUACACCGAAAAAAAUGAUA